UCUCAAAUCAAGUUUAUUAUGCAUAUAGCGGUAGCGCUUUCGCAGCAGUUGUGGCCGAAAACGCUGUAUUUACACAUUCAAAUAUAGCGUGAACAGCUGCUGAUAAACUGCCUGCGUGGAUUAAUUGCUAUUUAUUUAUUUAUUUAUUUAUUUAUUUAUUUAUUUAUUUAUUUAUUUAUUUAUUUAUUUAUUUAAAGCAUUGGUAAGCCUUGCCAGUCAAUACGAAGGAUGUCUUUCAGAGACUUACAAAAUUUCACAGAAAUGAUGAGAGCAUUGGGCUUUCCUCGGUUGAUAUCUGUGGAAAACUUCAGAACGCCCAACUUUACACUAGUGGCAGAAAUCCUCAUAUGGCUUGUCAAAUGUUAUGAACCGCAGAUGGAGAUUCCAAUUGACAUGAAUACAGAAUCAGACAGAAUAUUCCUCAUCAAGACAGUGGCUCAGUUCAUGGCAACUAAAGCUCAAAUCAAAAUGAACACCAAGCGUCUUUACCAGGCUGACGGUUAUGCAGUUAAAGAGAUGUUAAAGAUCACUUCGGUGCUGUACAAUGCAAUGAAGACAAAGCAGAUGGCCCUGGGGGAAAGAAUGGAGGAGGACAACACAAAGUUCAAGUUUGAGCUGGGCACUAGAAUUUCAGAUUUGAAAGCAGCUCGGCAGCUGGCAUCAGAGGCCACGUCAAAAGGAGCGUCUUUGUAUGAUUUGUUAGGAAAGGAGGUGGACCUAAGGAAAUUGAGAACUGCUGCCAUUGCAAGACCUCUGGAAAUAAGUGAGACAGAAAAGGCCUUGAGACAUACCAUCAAGGAGGUCUUGGAAAAUGUGGAGAAAACCAAAGUCAUGAUGAAGAAUGUUGUAUCUGACGUUGCUAAUCUGGAUGGCAAGAAAGUAAAGAAACAAUGGCAGUUGGACAUGAAUCAGAAGAGACUCCAAACACUGCAAAGUGUCAGGCCAUUGUUUAUGGAUGAAUAUGAGAAGAUUGAGGAGAAGCUGGAGGAGCAAUAUAAGUUGCAAGUGGAAAACUUUGCAAACUUCUACUUCCUUGAGUGGCAGCAAGAAAAACAAAUCAGACAGGAGAAGAUGUUUGAGGAGGAAAACAAUCGAAAGAGUGUGAUGCAGCAACUUAAUGAGAAUAAUGGAGAUUCCAUGAGUUCAAUUAAUGACAGCGACACACUUGAAGAUAAAGGCCUUGAUGGAGAUGUUAGUGAUUGUCACAGUUUGAACCCAGGGCUCCCUCUAAACGACAUUGUGGCAGGAACAGCCAUUGUAAACAUGAUGGGUGGUGAAAGUGAUGAGUCAGAUGACAGUGAGAGAGAUGAAGACGAUGAAGAUGAGGGCCUGGAAGCAGAUGCCUUUUUUGGAGUCCCAGAUGCAAGGAAGUCCUGCUGUUCCAAAAGAGGCAUGAAAAGCCAUCUGUUGGAUAAGAGUGAUGAUGACUUUUGAAUUGACACCAUAAUUAUUGAUACUCUUAAAAGGGACAGGAGUCCCUGUUAUACCAACAAUAACAAAAAACUAAUGAUUUCUAAUUCAUUGCAGGUAAACAUUAUUACUUGAAUUGGACGUAUAGAUAAAAAAAAAAAAAAAAGAUUGUAAAGUGGUACCUCUACUAACAAACGUCUCUAUGUACACAACUUUCAGUUGAAGACAUGCCUCAAAGGGAAAAUAUGGCUAUAAUUUCUGUAUACGAAAGGCAAAAAUAUAGUAUGGCUGGUACUCAAAGCUCCCAGAUUUAACUGUGCGUAACAUACUUAUAGCUGCUCUGCCAUUGGCUGUUGCCUACCAUUCCUGGCAUCCUUCGUGUUCCGAUAGCUUUACAUGAGUGUAUUGACUUUUAUUCUUGUUUUGUUUUGUUUUUUUAAACAUUAUGAUUUUAUUUUUAUUGUGCAACCAUAGGCUUCAUAAUGAUAUUGACAGGGCGUGGGGCCGAUAAGUAGGGGGCUUGCAUUGUUGGUAUGGCCGUCAAAGCUGACCGAGUGGUCACAGACAAAGAGCUUUUUUCGUUGAAAAUUCUUGUGAAUAAAUGCAUACAUCCCUGAAUUCUUUCUGAUAUGGACGUAAAACAGUAUUGAUUCUUGGUUAAAAGCAAAACAAAAACAAAAAAAACAAAAAAAAAACGAUGCUAGUCCGUUAGUCAAUUUGGCGGCCGCCAUAUGUAAACAGCUUUUCCGGUAAAAAUUCUUGUGAAUAAAGCUUAAAACCCUGAAUUCUUCAUAGAUAUGGACGUAAAACAGUCUCAAUUCUUGGUUAAGAGCAAAAUAAAACCCGAUGCAAUUAACAUUUAUUUUACGUAAGAAUGUCGGACAACGAUGCUAGUCUGUCAUUUAAUGUGGCGGCCGCCAUAUUUAAACAGCUUUUCUGGUGAAAAUUUUGGUGAAAAAAGAUUCUUUCUAGAUACGGAUGUAAAACAGUCUCGAUUCUUGGUUAAAAGCAAAAUAAAAUCGUGCAGUUUGCAUUUAUUUUAUGUAAAUAUGUCGAUAACGAUGCUAGUCUGUCAGUCAUUGUGGCUGCCGCCAUUUUUAAACCGCUUUUCUUGUGAAAAUUCUUGUGAAUAAAGCUUAAAUCCCUGAAUUUUGUCUAGAUACAGACGCAAAACAGUCUCGAUUCUUGGUUAAGAGCAAAAAAAAAACGUGCAGUUAGCAUUUAUUUAAAUAUGUCGAAGUACGAUGCUAGUCUGUCAGUCAAUGUGGCGGCAGCCAUAUGGAAACAGCUUUUCCGGUGAAAAUUCUGAAUAAAACUUAAAUCUCUGAAUCCUUUCUAGAUACAGACGUAAAUUUGAUUAUUGGUUGAAAGCAAUAAAAAAAAAAAACACGCAAUUAACAUUUAUUUUACGUAAAAAUGUCGGAGUACAAUGAUAGUCUGUCAGUCAAUGUGGCAGCCGCCAUAUGUAAAAAGCUUUACCGAUGAAAAUUCUUGUGAACAAAGCUUAAAUCCCUGAAUUCUUUCUAGAUACGGAUGUAAUAUGGUCUUGAUUCUUGGUUAAAACCAAAAAUAAACGUGAAUGACCGUAAUUUCCCGAAUAUACGGCGUACACGUGUAUAAUGCGCACCCCAAAUUUACUUGUAAAAUCUAGGGAAAAUGAUUGUACCCAUUUAUAAUGCGCACCCUAAUUUUAGCACCAAUAAAUAGAAGAAUACAAGAAAACAGAGCUGGUGUACAGAUACAGAAAUGUCAUUUUACUGACUGGUGAAACACAGCACAAACAUAGCAUAUUGGUAGUUCAAAACAUUACCAUAAACUGACAAUAUUUACGGUAAUAAUAUGAUUUGACAACUUCUCCAACUUACCAGAAUCUAGGAGAAAACAAAACAGAAUUGACUUUUCUUUUAAAGGCUGCUGUAUAACUCUGAGACAAUCCUUCCUGUUUGUAUGCGGAACAGCUUUCGUACUUUUUCAACCUAAAUACGGCGUUGGAUCGCUGAAUGUGUUAACUAAAUGCGACCGACUGCGAACAACUGAAGCGGAGUGUAGGUAAUAAUCUAAUUGUAACAUGUAACUGUUACAUGUUUUGAUGCUUUUUAUGCAUUAUGAAACAUUUAUGCCUGAACGAAUUAGGGUAUUUAUGUGGAAAACACGUCUUUACUUACACAAUUUUCAUGUUACGAAACUACUUCCAAAACCAAUUAAUUUUGUAAGUCGAGGUACCACGGUAUACAAAGGGUUGGGCCUCUAGGAUGUCUGCUCACCCACUGUGUGAAAAUACAAAACCAAGUGUUAACUUUUAACAUUUUCUCCUAAAUGUACUUAAAAUCUCCGUAGACAAUAAAGGAGCUGUG